GCGGGCCCCUGGCCGGCCGAGGGGGCAGGCGCCAGCCAGGUGGUCUCCUGGGUGGCCGGAGCCUGGCCGGGGCCGCGGAUACCCCGGCCGCCCGGGCCUGCGAGGAGCUAUGGAGCCUGGAAGGAGAAGAACCAAAGAUGAUACUUGGAAAGCGGAUGAUCUCAGAAGACAACUUUGGGCUGUGCAAUCAGGUAGUUCCAAGGAAGAAAGGAAACACAAAGAGAAGAAGCUGCACCGAGAGUCUGAGACGGACCUUCCCGAGCACAAAGAGCACAAGUACAGGGAUCCGGACCGGGAGGCGAAGCACAGAGAAAGGCUGACCGAGAGAGAUGCCCAGGCCUCCAAGGAGAAUCCUCGCGGGGAGAGGGACAGAGAGAAACAAAGGGAGAGGAAGAAGGACGCCAGAGACCGGGACAAGGAGAAGUCGAGAGAGAAGUACCGCGAGCAGGAGGCAGAGAAGGCUCACAGCAGGGGCAAGGACAGAGAGAAGGACAAGGACAAGGAUAAGGACAGGAGGGCGAGGAAGGAAGAGCUCAGGCAGACCGUUGCCCACCACAACCUCCUGGGCCGCGAGGCCCGCGAGGCCCGCGAGCGACAGCUUCUGGAGAGAGCGGAGAGGAAGGUCCGCUCAGUAAGUAAAGUAAGAGUUGAAGAGAAAGAACGGAGAGAUGAAGACUGUGAGAGAGGAGAAGAUGAGAGAGAGAGAAGAUACCGAGAGAGAAAGUUGCAGUAUGGUGACAGUAAAGACAAUCCUCUUAAGUAUUGGCUUUAUAAAGAAGAAGGUGAGAGAAGACACAAGAAGUCAAGAGAACCAGAUCGAGAAAAGAAACACCGGGAGAAAAGAGAGAAACAUUCAAAGGAAAAAAGUAAUUCGUUCUUUGAGAAAGAAGGCGAAGAAAGACAUAAAGAAAGACGACAUAAAGAAAGCUCUCAUUUUGAUGAUGCGAGGCACCGAAGUAACGUGGAUAAAAAAGAAAGAUCGUUGAAAGAGGAGCACAAGAAAAGAGAAUCCAAGAAUGGUGAACACAGAAAUCGAGGAACAAAUUCAAAAAGAGAUGGAACUGGCAGCCAGCAUGCAGAGAAUUUAGUCAAGAAUGUUGGAAAAGAUAAAGAUUCAAGAAGGAAGCAUGGCCACGAGGAAGCCUCGUCGAUGUGGACGCUGUCUCAGAGGCGAGAAAGCGAAGAAGCUGUGGAAAUUGAAAAAGAAGACAUUGAUUUAGAAAAUACUGAAGCUGAUGAGUAUACACCCAGUUUUGAAGGUGACUUUGAAGACUAUGAAGAUGACUUUGAGGUUUGUGAUGGAGAUGAUGAUAGUAAUAAUGAGACCGAAUCAAAAGAAGACAUCGAAGAACUUCCUCUGGCCCGCAAAAAGGAAAUCCAAGAAAUUCACAAAGCCAUUAAUGCAGAAAAUGAAAGGAUUGGCGAGUUGUCCUUGCAACGGUCUCAGAAGCAAGGGCGAGUGGAUUGUACCCAGGAGUCCAGGGCAGAUGGGAAUAAUUCUCCUUCCAGAGCCCCUGUCUGUGGAAUUUUUGUGGAUUUUGCAACAGCCUCACACCGCCAGAAGAGUAGGACUCAGGCCCUUAAGCAAAAAACACGGAGUACAAAGCUGCUUCGGCUUAUUGACUUAGAUUUUUCCUUCACUUUCUCUCUCCUGGAUCUACCACCAGUAAAUGAAUAUGACAUGUAUAUCAGAAACUUUGGGAAAAAAAAUACCAAGCAGGCAUAUGUUCAGUAUAAUGAAGAUAACGUUGAAAGAGAUAUUCAAACUGAAGAAAUAGAGACCAAGGAAGUGUGGACCCAGCAUCCAGGAGAGAGUGCUGUUGUAUCUGGAGGUAGUGAAAAAAGAGAUAUUUCUGAUGCUGCAGUUGUACCAAAGAUUGAUACUCCAAGGUUGUCUAGUUUUCUCCGUGCAGCUUGUCAGGUGAUUUCCGUUCUGCUGGAAGAGGAUCGUUUGGCAGCUGAGCCCAGCUGUGAUCUGAGGGCUCAAGACCACACCCUGCAUUGCAGUGACAGCUCCUCUCAGCUGAAUACUAAGCUGCCGUUCCUUCAGAAUCGGAAAGUAUCCGGCUUGCAUGCCUCUCAAGUUCAGAGGCAGACCGUCGUCUCUGUUCAUGACUUACCUGAAAAGGAGUUUGUCCAUCCACUGGACGGAAGAUACAUCCUCUGCGUGUGGGAUAUCUGGCAGCCUUCAGGGCCCCAGAAGGUUCUGAUAUGUGAGUCCAAGGUCACCUGUUGCUGCUUUAGCCCUGUUAAAGCAUUUUUGCUGUUUGCUGGCACAGCGCAUGGCUCAGUAGUUGUGUGGGAUUUAAGAGAAGACUCGAGGAUACAUCAUUAUGUGAAGCUGAGCGAUUGCUUUUGGACCUUCAGGACAGCAACGUUUUCUACUGAUGGAAUCCUUCUGUCAGUAAACCAUCGAAGUCCCAUUCAAGCAGUGGAACCGAUCUCGACGUCUGUUUGCAAGAAACCGAGCUUUGUGCUUUCACCCUUCUCUACUCAAGAAGAAAUACUAGGUUUGUCAUUCCACGUUGCUUCCUUGGAUGAGAGUGGCGUGCUCAAUGUGUGGGUGGUUGUUGAAUUACCAAAGGCAGACAUCGCAGGUUCAAUAAGUGAUUUAGGUCUGAUUCCUGGAGGGAGGAUAAAGUUGGUGCACAGUGCUACGAUCCAGCUGGGCGACAGUCUUUGUCCUAGGAGCAGUGAAUUUUGGGGAAACACACAAACACUGAAUAUUAAAUUUCUGCCUUCCGAUCCAAAUCACUUUAUUGUUGGCACAGACCUGGGUCUUGUAAGCCAUGGCACAAGACAAGAUUUGAAAGUAUCUCCCAGGCUGUUCAAGUCUCAGCAGUGUGGAAUACGACCAGUAAAAGUUAAUGUGAUUGAUUUCUCACCAUUUGGAGAACCAAUAUUCCUGGCUGGUUGUUCAGAUGGAAGCAUCAGGCUCCACCAGCUGACCUCCGAGCACCCCCUUGUGCAGUGGGACAACAGCACCGACGGACAUGCUGUCACCGGCCUGCAGUGGUCCCCAAGCAGGCCUGCUGUGUUCCUGGUCCAGGAUGAGGCAUCCAGGGUUUAUAUCUGGGACCUGCUCGAGAGUGACCUGGGCCCUGUGGCCAGGCAGUCCAUCUCCCCAGACAGGCUGGUGGCCAUGGCCGUCAUGGGGGAGCCAGAGAAGGCCAGCAGCAGCUUCUUGGCCCUAGUGCUGGCCAGGGCCUCCGGCACCAUUGACGUUCAGUACUUGAAGAGGCAGUGGACAACCCCAGAGGAGGAUGAGCCUGGCCGGCUGCGUCUGCUUUUACAGGAAACCGUGUGGAAAAAAGGAAGAUUACAGAUCUAGCAGUAUUGUUGACAGGAUGUGUUUAUGUAAUGACCCAAAUUUAAGAGACAAAAUUAUAAGGUGGAUAAUUUUACAUCUGUGUGCAUGUGUAUUUCUGUAUAUGGACCCUGUAUAUUCUGUACAUAAUUUACUUCACAAGAAUGUUACUUUGAUAUUCCCCAUAAAUAAAUUGCUGUUUUUGAACAGAAACAAAUGAACAUCAUAGUGUAUACAAAAUUUCAAAGGAAAUACAGUCAUGUCCAGUAUGUGCUGUUCUGACGAUAUUUCUAGUGAAUUUUAGAACAGAUUUAAUACUGGCACAUUACUGGAUUUCUAAACAGUCCACCGUGAUGAAAAUGUGUUUUAAUGAGCUAUUUUCUUAAUUGUACAAAGAAGGAUAUAUAUAUAUAUAUAUAUAAUAUGUCUAAAUUAAAAGGAAUGAUUCCACUGAUUGCAUUAUUUGUCAUUAGAGCUCUCAGACACAUUUUUUACAAUGCAUUAGUAUUAAAAAUUGUCUUCUAUAGAAGUACUACGGGUAAAUAA